CUUAGCUGUGAUCUCCAGAUUGGAAUGUUCUUUCUCCGUCCAGGAUUCUCAAGAGCUGUGGAGGUCGCGCCCGGAUUCUCGCAAAGAAUACCUCGCGAAUCGCGAAUGCGUGUGAGAUCCAGCAAAGUUUAUGGCAUUGCUCUUCCCCAAUUUCGUGAUUUCCACAGACACCUCAGAGGAUUGCUUGCUCUCCUGGGGAGCACUGCUCAAGAACUGCCGGGAUCUGUCACAGGGGACGCAAAUCCACGCCCGCAUUGCGCAGAGCGAGCACCGCCGCAACAAAUACCUCGCGAAUCUGCUCGUCCAGAUGUAUGGCAAAUGCGGCAGCGUCGAUGACGCCCGUGCAAUCUUCGAAUCCAUAGAGAAUCCUAAGCUCUUCUCCUCCAACAUCACGAUCCGGGCCUACGCACAGGCGAAAGAUCUAAAUCGAGCGCGCAGAACGUUCGAUGGGAUGCUCCGGCGAGAUGCCUCGACGUGGAACUCGAUCGUCACGGCAUAUGCCGACAACGGGCAUCUUGAUAAAGCGCGAGAGGUUUUCGAAUUGGCUCCAGAGAAGAACGAGAUCUCUUGGAAUGUGAUGAUCACGCUUUGCAUCCGCAGUGGAAAGAUAGCUUCUGUCAAGGAUUUGUUUGAUCGGAUGCCCGUGAAGACGAUCGUUGCGCAGACUGUCCUCGUCACAGCAUUUGCCAGGAAAGGGCAUUUGAAUGAAGCCGAGGCUUUGUUUGAGAACAUAAAGGAGGAGCGCGAUGUAGAGUCAUGGGCUUUUGGCUCUCGCUGUCUACAGACAACUCCAACCGAACAGCAAAUGCAGGCAACUGCAUUUGAGGUGAAAAGGCUACUGAUUGCCGGAAAGCAGAAAGAGGCUUUACGGGCUGCUCAAGACGGGCAACUUUGGGGAUGUGCUCUUCUUAUGGCCCGGCAGCUGGGAGAGAAGGUACCUUGUCUUGUAGCUUUGAUGUAUAGACUGUUAGUGAUGGUCUUGUGGUUUUUAAUAGUUCUACACUGACACUAUAGCGGAGAUGGCUCAAUGUCAGUUUCAACCAGGGUUUCCCCUCUGGACUCUAACUCUUCUUUAUGCUGGUCAACAUGCCGGAGUGUUUGUAGGGAACACUAAUUUGUCGAAUGUAACAGCGCUUCAACCUCAACCGGUUCCAGCGUCUGCUGUAGAUGGUGCAACACAGGUGAAAUACUUUUAUCAAGCUACUCUCUUGCUUAAGGAGUGCAUGUUGACUUGCAGGACGCAGAAGGAAUGCUCGAAGAAUGGCAGGAAAACCUGGCUAUAAUGGCAGCUAACCAAACUAAUGGGGACGAGAGAGUGAUUAUGCAUCUUGGUGAUUGUCUCUGGAGACAUCGAGAUGAGAUAUGUGGAGCUCAAUUCACUUGGUUAUUCCAUGUGAUUUUUCAUAGUCAACUUUGUGUAUGAGUGCAUAGGUGGUAGACAUCAUAGAG